AUGGAGUUUACGAAGGGCCACAUCGUUGUCAUGGCGAGGCCCAAAAAGUUCGUCAACUAUGGGACAAAGAAGCAGACAUGCCAGGUGCUUGUCCCGGCAGAUGCCGAAAACACCAUACUACAACGCAUACGAGUAAUGGACUCCUGGCCGGCGCAGUCCGAGGUCGGUCAAGAAUCCGACGACGGUGAGCUCUCGUCAAGUGAGGAAUCUGAACGCGCCAGUGUGGACAGUGGGAAAGCUUCUUUGAUCGGCCACUGA